CGUGGCCGGGAGGAGGAGGAGGCGCUAGGGGGGGCGUGGAGGGAUCGAGCGGGGCGCGCCGGACAAUGAGCUGGGCGGCUCGGCGCUGCGGCCACUUUUAGGGGGGGGCGCGGGCAGGCCGGCGCCUCAUCCGCUCCACCUGCAAGGAGAGGGCGGGAUGCCAGAGCCAGGUGUCCCGGCGCUCUAAGGCCCCUUGCAGCCUGACGUUCCUGAACCGGUUCUCACCUUGACACCGGGCUACCUGGCGGAUUUGACUGGGACGUGUUUGGUGUGGCGGCCUCGGAGCAGCCACGAUGGCCAGCACCAGGAGUAUUGAACUGGAGCACUUUGAGGAACGGGACAAAAGGCCCCGGCCGGGAUCGCGGAGAGGGGCGCCCAGCUCCUCCGGGGGCAGCAGCAGCUCGGGCCCCAAGGGGAACGGGCUCAUUCCCAGCCCGGCGCACAGUGCCCACUGCAGCUUCUACCGCACGCGGACCCUGCAGGCCCUGAGCUCCGAGAAGAAGGCCAAGAAGGCGCGCUUCUACCGGAAUGGGGACCGCUACUUCAAGGGCCUGGUGUUUGCCAUCUCGAGCGACCGCUUCCGGUCCUUCGAUGCGCUGCUCAUGGAGCUCACCCGUUCCCUGUCGGACAACGUGAACCUGCCCCAGGGAGUCCGCACUAUCUACACCAUCGACGGCAGCCGGAAGGUCACCAGCCUGGACGAGCUGCUGGAAGGUGAAAGUUACGUAUGUGCAUCCAACGAACCUUUUCGUAAAGUCGAUUACACUAAAAAUGUUAAUCCGAACUGGUCUGUGAACAUCAAGGGCGGGCCCGCCCGAGCCGUAGCUCCUCCCUCCGCGGUGAAAAGUGAAGUGAAGGAAAGUAAAGAUUUCAUCAAACCCAAGUUAGUGACUGUGAUUCGAAGUGGAGUGAAGCCUAGAAAAGCUGUGCGGAUCCUUCUAAAUAAGAAGACGGCUCAUUCCUUCGAACAGGUCUUAACGGAUAUCACCGAAGCCAUUAAACUGGACUCAGGAGUGGUCAAGAGGCUCUGCACGCUGGACGGAAAGCAGGUUACUUGUCUGCAAGACUUUUUUGGUGAUGACGAUGUUUUUAUUGCAUGUGGACCUGAAAAAUUCCGUUAUGCCCAAGAUGACUUUGUCCUGGAUCACAGUGAGUGCCGUGUCUUGAAGUCAUCUUAUUCCCGCUCCUCAGCUGUUAAGUAUUCUGGAUCCAAGAGCCCUGGGCCUUCACGACGCAGCAAAUCACCAGCUUCAGUAAAGAGGGGUGGCCACUACUCCAGUGCCUACGCGACAGCCAAAUCCCCAGUUAACGGAACUCCCAGCAGCCAGCUUUCCACACCCAAGUCUACAAAAUCCUCCAGCUCAUCUCCAACUAGCCCAGGAAGUUUUAGAGGAUUAAAGCAGAUUUCUGCACAUGGCAGAUCUUCCUCCAAUGUAAAUGGUGGGCCUGAACUUGAUCGUUGCAUGGAUUCUGAAGGUGUGAAUGGAAACAGGUGCUCUGAAUCAUCGACUCUUCUUGAGAAAUACAAAAUUGGGAAGGUUAUUGGAGACGGCAAUUUUGCAGUAGUCAAAGAGUGCAUGGACCGGUCCACUGGGAAGGAGUUUGCCCUAAAGAUUAUAGACAAAGCCAAAUGUUGUGGAAAGGAACAUCUGAUUGAGAACGAAGUGUCGAUACUGCGCCGAGUGAAACAUCCCAAUAUCAUCAUGCUGGUGGAGGAGAUGGAAACAGCUACUGAGCUCUUUCUGGUGAUGGAAUUGGUCAAAGGUGGAGAUCUUUUUGAUGCAAUUACCUCUUCAACCAAGUACACGGAGAGGGAUGGCAGCGCCAUGGUAUAUAACCUGGCCAAUGCCCUCAGCUACCUCCAUGCCCUCAGCAUCGUGCACAGAGACAUCAAGCCAGAGAACCUCUUGGUGUGUGAAUAUCCAGAUGGAACCAAGUCAUUGAAACUGGGAGACUUCGGGCUGGCCACUGUGGUGGAAGGCCCUUUGUACACCGUCUGUGGCACCCCAACUUAUGUGGCCCCAGAAAUCAUUGCUGAAACUGGCUAUGGCCUGAAGGUGGACAUUUGGGCAGCUGGCGUGAUCACGUACAUACUCCUUUGUGGAUUCCCGCCCUUCCGGAGUGAGAACAACCUCCAGGAAGACCUCUUUGACCAGAUCCUGGCCGGGAAGCUCGAGUUCCCAGCCCCCUACUGGGACAACAUCACCGACUCAGCAAAGGAACUGAUCAGUCAAAUGCUUCAGGUAAACGUUGAAGCACGGUGCACUGCUGGACAAAUCCUGAGUCACCCCUGGGUGUCAGAUGAUGCCUCCCAGGAGAAUAACAUGCAAGCUGAAGUGACAGGUAAACUAAAACAGCACUUUACUAAUGCGCUCCCCAAACAGAGCAGCACCACCAGCGGGGUCUCCGUUAUCAUGAAGGAAUGUGUCGUCGGGCUACUGUGCUCUCCAACAGCGACGGAGGGGGCGGGACUGGCCCAGGAAGAAGGACACACCAGGUCUGCGAUGCGCAUGGCCGGGAGCUCUGGACCUCACAUCUGGUAGAACUGUAUCAACGAUACCGAGUGAAAAUCUCCCUCACAGUCACGUCUUGGUAGACCUAAACUGUUGCUUGUGGUUUAAAUUAUACUUGUAGAAAAGGGGGGAAAAUGGAUGCCAUCUGGCUGCAUCCAGAUUCCCAGGCCAGCUGUAAACUUGACCCCUGUGACCUCUGCCAUCUCGCUGCCCCUCUGACAGCAAAGGUGGGAGGACACGUGGCCCCGGGUGUGUGGCCCAGCCCUGGGCUCUGCUCCACUCCAGGAGCUGCAUGGAAGGGGCCCCUGGGUCCUAAGCUGCCUACACACAGCUUCCCUGGCGCCCUGCAGGGUACCGUCCCCCUGCUGACAGGUGGAACUGAGGUGUGCUGUUCCUUCAAGGCAGAGCCCUUCCUCUUUUCUGGACUGAUUUACUGGGAUGUUUAUUUGUGGCUGUCCAGUGCACUGCAGGGACACAGUUCUCCUGAGCGUAUGGUCCCCCAGGUCCCACUGAGGGUUCUGUCAGGGUUCCAUGUUCUCUCUGCUCCAAGCUCUCAUUCCUUCUCCUGGAGACCCAGUGGUCUUCCUCCGGCAGCAUUCCACGCAAGCACUUGAGUGGUGGUGCUUCCGUCAGCAUCAGCACCGUGGCUGAGGAAACUCUUACUUUCUUGAAGCGGUGAUGGCACACCCACACGGCACUCAGCCACUUCCAAUUGCUGGCUGUGUUGCCACCGUUCCCAUCAUCAUAGUGUCAUCUCGGACCACCCCAGUUGGAGCUUCUUCCCUAAUUGGUCUACAUUUAUUGGAAGUCAUUUUAAAAAAAGGAGUGAAAUUAGAUAAAUUAAGCUUGAGUGAAUUCUGACACAUACUGUGCUAACAGAUUCCAGCACUCAGAAGCCCUGUGUUAAGUCGUCAGCUGUAUUUGUUUUAUGAGUACAUACAGUCAGCCCUCGGUGGCUGCAGGUUCUAUGUCCGCCGAUGCGGAGGGCCGACUGGAGCUGCGUUGAUGCAGCUCUGAAGUGUUGCUGUGUUCCUGCACAUUUUCCGUAGUUGUGUUUUAAAACCAUAAAGGCAGGGGAGGCACUGAUUCUCGUGUUAGGCUCCAAGAGGAAGCUGCUUCCUUAACUUUGCUUUCGUUAGACUUGUUAAAAUGGGUAACUGAGGUAUCAUAUGCCUGGCCUGUGACGUAGAUAGCCCUAAUUUUCUUCUGCCACUUUCCCUGAGUUCCCAAAGCCUAUCACAGGUUGGUACCAGUGAGGAUGACCGUGUAUACCUGUCCCUCAGUACGUCUCUAAGAUGUACUUUCCCUCAGAGACCACAUUUUACCAUCUAUUGUUUUGUUAAUGGUUUAUAAGAUAAUGGUGGAUCUUAGAGGAACAGUGUGUAAAGUUCCUUGUUGGGUUAUUUGUUAGAUAAAGGUCUAGUGUUCCCAUUUCUGUAGUAAGACGGAACUCUCUGGCCAGAGAGAAGCCCCUUCUCCUGUUUUCAUUCAAGAGAAUGCUUUCCUAUUGGUUAUUAUUCAGGAACUAUGAGUGAACUAGGGUUUGACAUUUUCUUUCUUUCUUUCUUUUUUUUUUUGCUCUUCUAGCACCGCACCUGCAGCAUAUGGAGGUUCCCAGGCUAGGGGUCCAAUCAGAGCUACAGCUGCUGGCCUGCACCACAGGCACAGCAAUGCCAGAUCCGAGCCAUGUCUGGGACCUACACCAUAGCUCACGGCAACGCCGGAUCCUUAACCCACUGAGCAAGGCCUUAUAGUUCCUAGUUGGAUUUGUUUCCGCUGUGCCAGGAUGGGAACUCCAGGGUUUGACAUUUUCUUUGCAAAUAAUCAUUUUAUCAUUUGCUUCAAAAUUAGGAGUGAAAAAGAUGUAUUUCCAGCAAGUCAAUUACAAAUACCGUUUUAUUUUUCUGUCAAAACCAUGUUGUUCCAGUCCAAAUAUUUGCUUUUAGAGAAGAGCCGAAGGUGUAGAAAAAAGGGGGCAAGCCACUUUAGGUAAGUUCUAAGAGAAACAGAUGGAAUGUCAGUUUCCACUCAAGAGUUCACAACUUACAAAGAAUUUAUUUAUGCAACACAGACCUUUUCUCAAAUAUUUUUCACAGAAUUCCACACAGCAAUCUACUAGAAAAGUAGUGAAUUAUACAACACCAAAAUAACAUUUUCUUGGUACAAAUUGCUAAUCCAAAGGGAGGGAAAGAUUGUUCAGUAACAAAUAGAAAGUAAAACAAGUGUGCUUCACACAGCACCCAGUAGCCUCUGUUCUCAGACCAGGGGUAGGGGAGGGGCGCCCCAACAAUGGCUCAGCCUCGGGGCGAGCUUUGGUACUUGCAUUUUCUUUAAAAGAAAAAGAAAGGCUGUGAGCCCAAGAGCAUGUCCAUCAUUUCAUUUUGGUGUGCCAAGAAGAGGAUAGAUCAGGAAAACAUCGUAAAUAUUUCACACUUGCUAUAACAUUAGAUCCUUUAUGUUAACCACACAAUAAAAUAUAAUAGCCUCCCCCCAAACCAUAAUUUUCUAGGUCUAAAACAUGCUCGAAGAAUAACAUUGAUAGAAAUAAUUCACUGAGAUGUUUUAAAUUACAUUUACCAUAAUUUAAACAUUACCAUUUAAAUCUCAGAAAUUUCAGUGCUGAAGAAGCACAACUGUUUGGAAGAAUACAGAACCCAAAGUACAGCAUAAAAUCCCCUCAUCCCAGCACUAUAAGCCAUUUUUUUACUGCUAAAAUCACACAUUUCUCAAAAUUACAGAUAAAUGGGAAGUGGGCUUUUUUUGUUGAUUUUUUUUUUUUUUUUUUUUUUUUUGUAAUAUAAC